UUAGGAACUAGUGCCGACCUUUUUACCCAUAUAGAAAAACUCCAGUGUAACAGGGACAGAAUAGGUUAUAUCACUGAAAAUAUUUUUGAAAUGUGACACUGUCAUUCCAGACUAAUAAAGCAAUUCUCCCACAUGCUAUUUUCCUGCUCCUCUCUGCCCCCAUUCCCUGAUCCAUUCUCUCUUUUUCAUUUCCUCUUUUUUCUCCCCAUUCCUCCCUCCCUUCCCUAUUUUCCCAUUUGGUGCUUUUUCCUUCACUGACCUUACUCUCCUCCCCUUCCUUCUCUCCCCCAUCCCUGUCCCAUGCCUCUCUUUCCUUCCUACUUGCCCUGUUCUAUUGCCUCCUCCCCUCUCUUCCUUCCUCUCCUCCACACCUUCUUCCUUCCUUUCAUUCUCUGUUCCCUCUCUCUCCCUCAAAUCUUCUUCCCUCUAUUUUCUUUCUUUCUUUGCAUGAUAGAUCUUUGCAGAAAAUUGAAUGGAUUCCCUCUAUUUUCUUCCCCUUCUUUCCCCAUUCCAUUUCCUUCCUCCCUCCCCUCCCCUUUUUCCAUCCCUGAUCUCCCUGGGGCACCUCAUCCCCCUCCAGAUCCUCACUAUCUUCCCAUCCCUGGCCAAGCCCCCGAGCAUUCGGGUACCCACUGACACUGCAUCUUUAAGAGCCAGCUGAAAGUCAGCUUCCUGAUCAUUGGUUGCUUUAUUCUAGCCAAAAGAGGAUGAGAUCAUUUGCAGCCAAUCAUGGAGUCGUUGCACCCCAGCUAGAGGCGUACACCUGCCGGAGAGUCAAGGCAGAGAUGCUCUGGUGGGAUUCAGGGUCACGCCGCUUAGAAGGGAAGCGGCAGCCGAUGACUUCAGCCACAUGAACUAAACUAAGCUUAUGGUCUGAGGAGCCCACAGCAGGCUAGGAAACUGAGUCCUGCUCGCGAGCACUAUCCCAGCAUAUCUGGAGCAGAUUCAGAAUCCCAUGUCUCCAGAGAGCCCUGAUGUUUAUGGGAUGGGCAAACGUGAUUACCUGGUGGAUGCCGCCAAACAGAUCCGCCUGGCACUUGAGCGGGACGUGAGUGAGGACUAUGAGGCAGCCUUCAACCAUUAUAAAAAUGGGGUCGAUGUGCUACUCAAUGGAGUACAAGUUGAUCCCAACAAAGAGCGGCGUGAGGCUGUGAAAAGGAAGAUCACCAAGUACUUGAGGAGGGCUGAAGAGAUCUUCAAUUGCCACCUACAGAGGACGCUGGGAAAUGGGACCAGCCCUGGUACGGGCUUCAGCAGCCUGAGGCUCCGGCCCAUCCGUACUUUGAGCUCUGCAGUUGAGAACCUGAGGUCUUGUAAGGUAGUGGGAGUCAUUGAAAAGGUUCAGCUGGUCCAGGACCCUGCCACUGGGGGGACGUUUGUAGUUAAGAGCCUCCCCAAGUGCCAUGGAGAAACCUGGGACCGUCCAACCAUCAUCCCCAAUGGUGUUCCUUAUAUGGCCAAGCUUCUUCGCUACUCUGUGAGUGAGGACUCCAUCUUCUUGCACUUGGAGCAUGUGCAGGGAGGAACCCUCUGGUCCCAUCUCCUCUCUCAGCCUAGACCCAAGAGGCAAGAGACCUGCAGCAACUUAACUCAGCAGAAGCCCAGCUCCACCCAGGGUGACCACAGAGAGAAAGGGAAAGCUGGCCCUGGUCCCCCUGAGAUUCUCAGUCUCCUGACCCCGGUUCUACUUUCCCAGAACACCACCCAACAGCUCAGCAUUGCCCCUGAGGCAUCAGCCCAGCCCUCUGACAUUUCAUCAGGGCCUCAAAGCAGAGUAUCUGAUCAUCAGAAAGGGCUGAAGAAUCUGGAGGAUUCUGACCUGAACUCUGGAAGAAAGGUAUCCAGUCCAUCCAGGGAAAUCCAAGUGUUCACGUCCCAUGGAGCAUCAUCCUGUGAAGAUGCUUUUGGAAGACACAAAGUCAGGACAGAUGAUCUUUCCUCUAAACAGGACCCUCUGACCUCAGAAGACACUACCUCAUCUUCUGGCCUCGCUUCCAAGACCCUAAGAAGGGAUGGGGCAAUGACUAGCAGCCCAGGCCAGGGCAGAGGUCGGUCCCAUCAUCAAGCCAGGCGGAGUACUAGGUGGAGUACCAACAAGGGGCCCCUGGGAGGUCUCUCCUGGAUCCGGGAGGGGGCAGGCCGGGUACUAGAGGGCUACGGUCAUGGGAGCGACCAGUGCAAAGAGCUCUCAGGUCAGGAUUGUCCACAUGCUAACCGGGCUUGUCCAGGCCACAGAGGCGGAGCCUGGUGUGUGAAGGAAGAACAGGUCAAGCAGUGGGCAGCGGAGACUCUCGUGGCCCUUGAGGGUCUACAUCAGCAGGGUGUGCUAUGCCGAGACCUCAACCCCAGGAACCUGCUGCUGGAUAACACUGGUCACAUCCGUCUCACCUACUUUGGCCAGUGGACUGAGGUGGAACCCCGGUGCUGCAAUGAAGCCUUGGAAAACCUGUACAGCGCCCCAGAAGUGGGUGGGAUUUCUGAACUGACAGAAGCCUGUGAUUGGUGGAGUUUUGGAUCUCUGCUAUAUGAACUUCUAACUGGAAUGUCACUGUCCCAAAACCACCCCUCAGGAAUCCAUGUACACACCAGGCUCCAUCUGCCCGAGUGGCUCAGCCGACCAGCUACAUCUCUACUCACCGAGCUAUUGCAAUUUGAUCCUUGUCGGCGCCUCGGUGCUGGAGGAGGAGGUGUCAACAAGCUCAAAUCCCACCCGUUUUUUAGCACCAUCCAGUGGAAUAAACUGGUGGGGUAGGAUCAAAAGUGGGAAGACCAAGAAAACUUCCUGGGAAGAUCCAGCUUGGCUUUCUGGUCUGGCAGAGUCCAUAAGAGAACUCUAAUCCAAUGGGUUCAAGGCCCAGCCUAGGAUGUCAGAUUUCUUAAACUACCAAAUAGUCAAUCAUUGGUGGUGAUGAAUCCUGUAUUCUGCAUCCUGGAGAGAUACAGGGUUAGGUCUCUCUUUCAAGCCUUUCAUUCCCUCUUCCCCAUGAGUUUGUUCCACUAAGGGCCUUGGAAGUGUGUUCCAUGGCUGCUCAUUUCCCACUCUUCACUCCUACCCACGAAUGAACCCAGUAACAAUGACAGGGACCCACAGGGAACCUUGAAGUUGGAAAGUAUUGAUACUGGUCUAACUUCUGCCACUUACUGGAUGUGACAUCGGAUAAUUCAUCAUACCUCUCUUGAGCCUCUUUCCUCAUCUGUAAAACAGCUAUCUGCCUUGCCUACCUCAUAGGGUUCAAAAGAGAGUUGUAAGAAAGUGUUUUGUAAUCUAUAUCAUUACAUAAAUGUAAGAGAUGAAGAUAAUACACAAAA